UCGGCCGCAAAAACGGUCAUGGAUUUGAAAACGUCUGCCCGAUAUUUUGGUGGCCCAGCGUACACCCUUCGACUUCUUUUUCAGAUUUCCUACGAAAAUAAGGUUAAUGAUGAAUGUGAACCCCUUCUCACCAGUCUGUAACAGCUCCAGCGCUGCCCAUCAAUCUACCCCCGAUAGAGAGGGCUUUCUGAAGCCUUCCCUGCCCCAGCCAUUGCAACCUCAGGCACCCAACAGGCCUGCGCUAGCCCCGCUCUCUAUCCUCAAGCCAUUGAACAGAGACAACAUUCUCAUAUCACCGCCUCCGACCAAGUCUCUCAAGGUGACAUUUGAGACGCCCCAGAGAGCCCCCAUCACACCAGCCCGUCCAGUCCCCAACCCAGCAGCCUGGGAUAUCCUACGCCUACUGGACGAGGAGGAACGUUGGACUGACCGUGUCCAGGUCCUCACCCGACAGGACCACCAGGAGCACCUGCAGUUCGCUCAAGAGUUCCUGGACGAAAUUAUCAAUAACCUUUCAGCAAGAGAAUCUCUUCUGGCCGAAGAGCCAACAAGCGUCAAGGAAUACUCUGAAGAAGCUCAAGUUGCUGCAGAACAGCAGUCAGUUGACUGUGUAUUUCAGGGGGAGGAAGAGCAGAAGGAGAACCUGCCUCCUGUUGUGUCUCCACAAGAAGUCUCCAUCAUGGAGGAAGGUAUUCCUAGUAAGACAGGAAAGAGUAUUUACGAUCUCAGCGAGGAGGAUCUGAAGAACAUGAACCCCUUCCAGACCGGACCGGGUAUCCAGAACUCUCCACCCCUCCCCGGCAGCAAGAAAUCUGCCACUCCUGAGUUCAACUACGAGGACAUCAAGGAUCCCUUCGGGACAACGAGCGCGGUUCAGAAUUCACCCAAAACGAAGCAGAAGGGCUCCCCUAAGAACGCUGUCCAUAAUGCAAGUUCUGACCUUAACUUUGAGGAGGUUCAAGACCCUUUUAAACCCAAGACUCAGAUGCAGAAUUCUCCAGCGGCGUCGCCUAAAAACUUUACAGAAAGCAAAAGUUCGGAAUUUGAAUUUGACGAAAGCCAGGAUCCGUUUGCCUCAAAGAAUCAAAUGCAGAACUCGCCAAAGGCGUCGCCCAAAAACAAAAUCAACAACAGAAGUUCCGAUUUCACCUUUGAUGAGGAUAUGGAUCCAUUUGCAACGAAAACCCAAAUCACCAAUUCACCGCCGUUAUCCCCAAAGAAUGCUGCAAACGACUGCACAGAGUCAGAAGUAAAGGAUGAGCAAAUGCAGAACUCGGCCGAGUCCUCACCGAGGAAUACUCCAAGAAAAUCAAGAACAUCGCCCAAGAAUAGGACACCAACAAAAGCUGCAAAGAAGUCUCCCAAGUCCAGCCCUUCGGCGGCCUCAGAGGGCAGAGAGAACGAACCUCCAGCGUCAAACGGGGACGGCGGGGACUGUGUCUCAGCCCAGAAGCCUACCUUAGAGGUGACACCCUUGCCAAGAGAAGAUGAAUAUGAAGAUUGCCCUGAACCCAUCAAGACAGUGAAGGGUUAUGAGAAUUUCAUGGCAUCAGAGGAGUUUGUUCUGGCACCCGAGGAAGUGGAGGGAUCCUUUGGGGGAAUACAGGGUGACAUGCAGAGAGAUGAGGAGUUCAGACCAGCUGAGGAAGGCCUUAGUGUCCGAGGCCUAGCGAGGGACAUGAGCUUUGAGGAGAUGGAGUUCAGAUUGGCCGAGGAAGUGUUUGCCAGUUCAGACCCUGCUGCUUUUGACAUGGACUUUCUUGAGAAGGCUGGAGGUGGAAGUACGUUCCAAGAGUCUGCACUCUCGAGGCAGUCAUUGUACGUUAAGUUUGACCCCCUCGUUGAUGCCCCAGCAGCGGCAGCCCAGAGGAGUAUACAAUCAGCCGUCGCCACUCAGCCAAUACUAGAAGAAGAUGACCUCCUCCAAAUGCAAACUCCGCCCACUGUGUCCAACACGAGACAGUCGACGGCGACCAAUUUACGGGAGAAAGCCAUGACACAGAAUGCUGCCAGCCGGAAUGCGCAGCAACAAGGCGGGAUGAGCGAGGGAGUGGACAGACUCCUCACUUUCAGUCCUCCAAGGAACGAGUCUCAGGGUGUUGAUGAUGUGGAUGGGCGCCAGCAGAGAGUAGCCUCGACAUCAAGUGUGGAUCCUCAAGACGAGGACAUGGUUCAGUUUUUGCGAUAUUCUCAAGCCGAUCUGGAUGCUGCAAUCAAAGAAGCAAUCAAAGCUGUGCAACACCAGAACACAAAGGAAAUCAGUCAGUACAAGAACAAGCUUGAAGAGAAAGAUAAGAGGCUGGAAGAGAAAGAUAAGAUGAUCUUGGCUCAGAGAGCAAAAGAAGCGGAUUCAGAGAAAAACACAGAGAACCUCAGUGCCCUUGUCACCCAGUAUGAAAAAGCAAUGCAACAAAUGAUGGAUGAUAUAAGCAAGGCUAAGGACAGCUCUCAGGAAUCAGUUGCCGGUGUACAGAAGGAGAAAGAACAGGCGCUGGAAGAUCUUGCCUCGGUUGAGAACGCUUUCAGCGAACUUCACAGACGAUACGAGAAGUUAAAAAUAACAGUAGAGAGCUAUAAGAAGAAUGAAGAAGUCUUGAAGAAGUGUGUUGUAGACUACCAGGCAAAACUCAAGAAUAAAGAGCAAAGAUAUCAGACAUUGAAGACACAUGCUGAGGAGAAAAUAGAAAAGGCCAAUAAUCAAAUUGACAUGGUGAAGAAAAGCUACGAGGGUGAGCUGACGGCUCUGCAGGCCGCAGUCAAGAGGGAAACGAUGAAGGUGGACAGUAUGGAGAAGACGAUAGAACAAAAGACAAAAGAGAACGCUGAGCUGACGAACAUCUGUGACGAGCUCAUCGUAAAGAUCGCUGAGAAUAAAUAAAUCGUUUUUUUCUAGUUGCCCCUGGUCAGACAGUGUCACACGGAAGAGAAGCUGCGGAGAAAAUCUGUGCCAUGUUUGGGACCUACUCAGUAAAACUUUAAAACCCUUCAAUGAGGGUCAUACUCAUUGAGAGCACAUGCUGACAUGUUUGAAUAUUUCUAUUGUCUUAACCACAUCAAACACACUGAACAGCUUGUAGGCCAUGAUAUCCUAAGCUGGACCAUGCCACUUGUCUUAGUGGGGGUGUGAGGGAUUUGGUUAGGGAGGGGCAGGAAAAAACUGCCAGCAUCCUUUGUGUACCAAAAUCGGUAUGCCAAUACUAUCAGUAGUAGAUGAAACCAAAUUAUAAAACUUAAUGUAGCAAACAAAUAAGCUCAUACUUACCCAGGCAAAUACCUGGACAUGUUAACAACAUGUUAUUUUCAAAAAAGGCAUUGAAACAGGCGAAACAGGCUUCUCAGCAUGUUAUGACGAUGUACCAUAGGAGCGUUGCAACAAAACACGUCCCUCGCGGCCUCACUGCAGGGUUUAACAAAAUUAAAGAUUUGUUGCUCUUUGAACCCUGAUGAGUGCUUUCUUGAUGUUUGGGCAAUGGGCAGGGCCAAAUUAUUUUCAUUAAGCUGUCAAGCAGAAAUUCUGCUUAGCAAAUACCUUGGCUAAGCAAGAAACAACCGGGGUACACGUCAUAGCAAUGGUUACUUUAUGAUAUUCUGGCUGGUAACCUAUUUUUGCCAAGCAAAUGUUUUUAGCAACGUUUUGUCCCCGCAGGCUUUAUGAAAUUCUGGCAAGGAGUACUCAGUUCCAUGGAUGCUAUGUAGCGAUAACAAAUACAGGGUUCCUAAUAGUAGUUCAGACCAGUACAUGUGUUUUAUACCAGCAGCACAGAGUAGACAGUUUUUUGUUUUCGGGUAAAUUGACUGAACAUUUUUCGUUCAAGUGGAUGUCUGAAUGUUUUACAGUGGUAGUCUUUCAGUGUUUUCGAUUGACCCCCUUGCACCAGGGUCAGACAUGGCUACCGUGUACCAUGCUCACCAUUUUGGGAGUCAAUUGUACAUAAAACUAGUGUGUGUCCAUGUGUCAAGUAAACUGCACGACACUGUUAAAAAAAGCACAUGGGGAUAAUGACUCAAAAAGGGGGCACAACCAUGAGAUUAUUGUGAAGAUGAUUUCAUUGAUUUGGGCAAUAGACCUUUAUUACGCUGCCACCAUCUUGGUAAUGUUCCCUGUAUAUAACAACACAAAUGGAUGUUGUUAUUCACUGUGCAAAAAGGAACCAGACCAAUUCCCCUUCCAGCCUCAGUUUGGUUACAUUGAUUUGAACAAGAGAAAAUCAAGAUGGCGGCAACAUGAUAAAUGUUUAUAGGUAAUGCAGUUCUGAGUAUGUGUGUCAUGAUUGCAAGCCUUAAACUUCUCUUUUGAAGGGGUACAUCAAUAUCUCUUGUAAAGGCCACUUCUAUGAGGUAAAUGUAAAUUUCUAUUGGAACCUUGCAAAGGCCACCACAGCAAAAACAUAAUGGCACCACGACAAUUUUCGUAGGUGCCAUGCCAUGUAUUAGUUUCGAGGCCUGGGAUUGUGAGUGACUUUUGCUGUGGCUAGUGGUGCAGGAUGUGAUGGCAAUGUUGAUGUUAUUUGGAAGUCACAAUCGAGCUGUGGUUGAAACAAAAGCUGGAUUGUUAGGUAAGGCCAGUCAAUUGAAGAAAAGAAACCUCAAAAGCCAAUUAACAUCUCAGAAGUUUCCUAGGAUUCCUUGCUGAGUCGUUGGUAUGGUGGAAAAAAUCUAUGAUCAUUACCGGUUUGCCUUGUUAUUACCCAUCUUAUUGUGUAGUGCGUUUCUUAUUUUCAAUAUAUCACCAACAGAGGGCACUAUCACACACGCAUCACUCUUACACACAACCUGUUUUGGGUGACAGCAAAUUAAAAACAAAUACUAGUCAACCUCCAGAAAGUUUGUUAAACUUUUGUCAAAUGGCGACCAUGAAUUGCCCUUCUUUCAUAACUGUUAACAAACUGCAAUUAUGGUCGUUCGUGUGUGAAGGAAUGAUAUCCAAUUUGUGAAAAUGAAACAAUGUUAACUUGUGGAAUGAAUUUAUAUGAUUUAUGCUCAUCAGAAAGCUGAUAGAAACCUUAUCCGCCAAGAAUAUUUUGAGUUGCAACGUGUUAGACACCUCAUACGUGUAUUUUGAUAAGGCUAGCAAACGUGUGUAGAAAUAGUCCCUAGGUGUACAUACUAUAUAUAUCUGUAAGGCACAAUCUAAAGAUUUAUGUACAUACAAACAUACUGUAAUAAUUAUAGUCUAAAUGUAAUUUUGAUUGGAUAAUUGUGGGAGUUGUUUUGGUUGUUUUAUGCACGCAAAAUCAGGUUUCUUCCAGGUAAAUAUUGGGAUAACCUCUGUAUUUAAAGCCAAUUUUGAGUAAAACUUGCCGAUUAUUUAAUAAUGAUUAUUUAUUGAAGUUAACUAAUUUGGCUUUUGGGGGAUCUGCGGUUUGGAAGGCUUUUUUGUUUUAUCUGAUGAACCCUUUUUGUACGACGUGUUUCCACAAGAAAUUUACAAUCCUUGAGAACACAAUAAAGAAAGUUUCUGCAACUCAAAGGAAAUGUCAAGGAGGUUCUGUUGGCAUAGUCGUGGAGUAUCUUGAAAUUUUCCUUUGACUUUUUGUUUAUAUAGCGAGUCGCGCAUUUGUUUUGCUGGUUUUGGAGGUUGAGGUUUUGAAUUGAGGUCAUCAAUGUGGAAUUUUGUUUGACUCCAGAUGGGUUGGGGUGAAUUCCAAGAUCAUUUAAGUACUGUGAAGAAAAAAAAUGAGAGCGGGAAACCAAUGAAGGGAACUGUUUAUCGUUUAUAAGUUUAACUAUGCUACAAUUUUUGGUUUAUCAUUUGAAUAGCUUUAAGAAGAAUCAAUAUUUAUAAUGAAAAAAACUCCCACAGUUUUUGUACUUUAUUUUAAUAACGUUUCAAUAUGACGUCAAAGAUCAAUGGACAACUUUUGAAUCUGACCUUUGAACUUGAAAGGUCAAAUAGUGUCAUCAGAUUGUAAUGUAAAUACUAUUGACAAAGGGUUGUUUCUAAUGUUGCAUCUCAUUUUGUGUGUUAUAAAGCAGUUAUUGAUGUAAACAAUUGAUUUAUACAUUAUCAGUCCUGUCAAUAAAACUUCUACUGAUGUGUGUUGAAAUUGAA